GGCAGCAAAGUAAGAGUGUGACGUGGAGCAGAAACGGAGAGGGACUGAAGUGCUGCUGCUGGUUGUGCUGGUCUGCUGGUUUUCUGGAUUAAACUGAGCUCUGGGAGUGUUUCUCUGAGGGAAGGAGAGCGUGUGCACCGUGGUUUGAUUCUGUAGACGCGGCUAAUUCUGCUCCCGGUUCCGCUGGUUCUGAUUAAACAGCCUGUGAGCUGCUGGAUGGUGGAUCUGUGAGCUGCUGUUAGCCGCCUGCUGCGACCUGCUCCUCCUCCACCCAGAACUCCACAAAUACAGCCCAGAAACUCCAGCUAAACCCCGCUGUUCACCAGAUUAACCAGGGCCAGGAUGGGGCUCACCAUUUCCAGCGUGUUUUCUCGGCUUUUCGGGAAAAAACAGAUGAGAAUUCUGAUGGUUGGCCUUGACGCUGCUGGAAAGACCACCAUCCUGUACAAACUUAAACUCGGAGAAAUAGUCACAACUAUCCCCACCAUAGGCUUUAAUGUUGAGACUGUCGAGUACAAGAACAUUUCUUUCACUGUGUGGGAUGUGGGUGGCCAGGAUAAGAUCAGACCUCUUUGGAGGCACUACUUCCAAAACACACAGGGUCUCAUCUUUGUUGUAGACAGUAAUGAUCGUGAGCGUGCACAGGAAGCUGCUGAGGAGCUGCAGAAGAUGCUUCAAGAAGAUGAGCUCCGAGAUGCGGUUCUGCUUGUUUUCGCAAACAAACAAGACUUGCCCAAUGCCAUGCCUAUCAGCGAGAUGACCGACAAACUGGGUCUGCAGGCGCUCAGGAGCAGAACUUGGUAUGUUCAGGCGACCUGUGCCACUCAGGGAACAGGUCUGUAUGAAGGACUGGACUGGCUUUCUGAGCAGCUCUCCAAACGCUAAACAGCAGAGUCUCUAUGAUCCAACAAAGGACAUUAUCAACAAAACUGACAGAGAAAUGGGACAUAUUGCCGUAUACUUGAGCUGAUGGUUACCAAAUCUGCCACUGAGGCAAUUUUGACAGUGCAUUUCUUUCAUAUUUUUUUUUUUGUUUUAAAUGUUUUGCAUUGGUCUGACUGACUUAAAUUUCCUCAAUCAUUUAUACAGGGCAUGAUUUAGCGUGCCUGUUUUAAUUUGAUCCAAAUUAAAGCUUCAAAAGUUUUGUUUGUUUGCUUGUAGAGGAAUAUUUGGCGUAAAAGGUACAGAUACAUAUAAAAUGAUAGGCUUUAUUAUCUAUCGUCAAGCUCUUCAUUUAGUCAAACUUGGGAUCAUAUUUAUAUUUGUACAAACACUUGCUUUUGCUUUCGUCAUUCCAUUUAUUUUUAUGUAUUCGUCUCAGUAUAACAGUAGCUUUUGCAUAACUUUUUUCUGGGCUGAGUCUUUUUUUUUUUUUUUAAGGAUUUUAGACUAAAUUUAAGACAAAGCACAAAGUAAUAGAACCUUUGGCUCUGCUUAGACACACACACUCAGCAGCAUUGUUCUAAUCAGAUUUAUUUUUAUUGUUGGGGACACAGUUAUGUGUGCAGUUGGGGUCCUGCCCAUGUUGUGCCUGUUUACAACUUUACAAACAAUGCAGUGAAAAAGUCAAUAUAGCUGAUGGGUAGACUCUGUAGUGGUAUGACUUCAUCUAAUAAUAAUCUGUUGUGUUACAGUUGCGCUGCAUUUAGGGCUGCACAAUACUGUUUCUGCUAUAUAUAUUAGAAUAUUAAACAAUAUUUUCUAAAAUUAAGCCACCAGAUGUCAGUGAUCCAACUUGUGAUACUAAUAAACAAGAAUAUAAUACAUUAUGGAUGCGUUGAAGUUAAACCUUAGUCCAAAUGCCAGAUAUGUUAAAUUAAAUAGACUCAUCCUGAUGCUUAUUCCUAUCUUACACCCCGUCAACAGUCUAAUUUCACACCUUGCAUCUACGCUGUUAAAAUAGCAUCUGAAUAAAUCUACACUGAUGGGCGUGGUGGUCUGGAAGGAAGGUGUGUUCAGGUAAAUUUCUGGCGUGUUUCUAUAUUUUUUAGGUGAAAAAAAACAGGAGCUCCUAACAAACCCUGACAACAGUCAAUCAUCAGAGUUCAUUCCUACAGGUGCUCCCAGUGCUUUGUAUACACCUCCGCUUAUUAAACACACACACAUGCGGAUGUGUUGCAGAGCACAAACCUGACUUUUUAACUCCACAAUAAACAAAAUAAAGAAUAAAAUGACAUUACUGUUCCCUUAAAAGAGCUGCUGGUGUAUCUUUACAGCGUGAACGAGCAGCUCAGUAUCUGUCUCUGCUGAGACGCACAAAAGCGCCGCGCUGUUAAGAUACGAACGCGCCAAAGUCAGAGCUCACCUGGCUCUUAAAGGGAAUGACAACUGGAACACUGAUUGGUUUAUGUUAUGUUACGCCCAAAAUUAACCACACCCAUGAUUUAAUUUAGAGAUUUAGUACAUGCACAAGGCAUUCUUUUGACACCCUCACAAUACCAAAGACACAACGACACACCCUAAAUCCAGCUAUGUGAUCCGUAAUUGUCGGAUGUGCAAUAGAUAGCAAAAAAUGGGGCCCUAUAUGUAUUUUGUCUUUCUUCUAAAGACAAAAAAUAUAUUUAUAUAUAUUUAUUGAGCACUCAACAUUUAGAGUUGGUUGUGAUUUGAUCAUGUCUUUUUAAAACCAUGUUUUUAGUACUUCAUAUGAAAUUGGGACGCACCCUUGGAUUUGGACUUUUAAGUUUACAUGUCCUACCAGUAGAAAAAUGAAAAAGCAUGUACUGGCUAAUUGCUGUCAGUUUGAGUAAAAAGUGUUUAAAUUACAUUUUUUAUUGAUUCACUCCUUCAGCUUGUUUGAUUUUGUCCAUGUUUGUAAAUGAACAGGCUUUACCUGUAUCUGUGUCUAUAACAGGUGCCUUAAUACCUGCCUAUGCGAGUGUGUGUGUGUGUGUGUGUGUAUUUGUCAGUGAGGCAUCUCAUUUCCCUACAGGUUCAUUUAAGGUCAGCAGAGUUUAAAUAUGUCAGCUUUGAUACUUUGAUACUUAAGUGGUCAGUUUCAGGCAUUUGCAAUCCUACUCAGCUUUCUUUAUUUUACUGGCCCAUGUAUGAUUUUUAAUAACGCAGGAAAUAAAAAAAUCUUAUUAUUGUGACAAA